CUUCCCAACAGUAGAACAUUACAGCAGAAACAUCACUACCAUGAACAGCUUCAUUGCGAUCACCCUGCUGGCUGUGGUUGGUGUAGCCAUUGCAGCACCGGCCAAGUACGGACACGCCGGUGGCCAUCAUGGAGGUGUGAUGCCCGGUCCGGCUGUGGUCCACACCUACGAUGCCGUUGCUCCGAUGGUCAAGUGUGGCCAUAAUCUGCUGGUAAGCUGCGAUCCCCAUCAUCAGACCGUGCCGUGCAAGGCUGCCGCUCAUCACGGAGGGCAUGCCGGAUACGGUCACCAUGCGCCUGCUCCUGCACCGGCCUAUCAUCAUGCGCCGGCCCCACACUACGCUCCGGCUCCGGCCUACCAUGGUGAGCAUGGUGGCGAGUACCGUGCCAAGCAUCACAAGAAGCACCACAAGAAGCACGGCAAGAGCGCCGACAACGUGGGAGAAGCGAUCGACAGCAGCUCGGAAGCGAUGUAA